AUGCCUCCACACGAGCCUUCCACCGACGAUCCCCACCACCGACGUCCUUCUCAGCUCCUCCCGUCGCCGGCCGCCGACGUGUACUUCCUCAGAUCCAUCAGCUCGUGGACGCCCACCUCGUGCUGCGACUCCCACGGCUUCCGAUCAUCGCCAUUCCACUACUCGAUGAAAGUGUUCUCAGAGUCAUCGACGAGCCGGAGGAGGUAG